AUGACGUUCUCAGACGCUAUUCACUCGGUGGACCUUCCCAACAAAGUGAUGUUGCCACCAUUCAACGACGCCUGGGUCACCAGUUUCGGCUCUGAAAGGCGUGACGGCGUGUUCAGCCGGCUCCGACUGACGCUGCAAGUGCUAUACAUGAAACUGAUGCCAGAUGAAAAGUGCGCGGAGAUCACCAAGCGAUUCGCCGUUCCGCUGCACGAGAGCUUCUUCUGUCUUGAGCAGAUAGGGCGCCGCGCGCCUUGCACUCGUGAUACCGGCGCGCCAGCAGUGAGCGACGGGAUCCUCUGGGGUUUAGCGUCCUGGGGCAUCCGAAAGUUAUGCGGAACCCAGCGCUUCCCAGCAAUGUUCUCGUACGUAGCGGAGAGGAGCAACAUCGACUUUAUAGUGAACGCGACGUCGGAGCUGAUGGGUGACGAGCGCAUUAGCCCGUUCCUGGACCGGCCGCCCAUCCGCCCCCGCACGAGGAUUGUACUGCCGGGGGAGAAGAAGGGGGAGAUACCCGAGUAUUAGUCAACUGUAUCAUUUAUGAAGA